UCUCAGUCGUCAGUCAGUCAGUAGCAGUGUGCUCUCCGCUGCACGAGCAUGUCGGCGGAGGUGUUGUCCCGAAAAUCCCUGUCCAACGCAGGCGAGGAAAAUGAGCAGCCUGCGGCGCCGGCGGCCGCGUCCAACGGCGGCGAAAUCCGGCUGGAGGCCAAGAUGACCCUGGUCAACGGCAUCACCGUCAUCGUCGGCAGUAUCAUCGGCUCAGGCAUCUUCGUGGCGCCGACGGGCGUGCUGAAGUACACGGGCAGCGUGAACGCGUCGCUGAUCGUUUGGGUUACGUCGGGCAUCUUCUCCAUGUUCGGCGCCUACUGCUACGCCGAACUGGGAUGCAUGAUUUCCAAGUCGGGCGCCGACUACGCGUACAUCAUGGAGACGUUCGGCCCGUUCCUCGCGUUCAUCCGGCUGUGGAUCGAGUGCAUGAUCGUGCGGCCGUGCUCUCAGGCCAUCGUGGCGCUCACCUUCAGCGUCUACGUGCUCAAACCCUUCUUCCCGGAGUGCCAACCACCUGACGAGUCGGUCCGCAUGCUCGCCGUCUGCUGCAUUUUGGUGCUGACGUUCAUAAACUGCUACGAGGUCAAAUGGGCCACCAUGGUGCAGGAUUACUUCACCUACGCCAAGCUUUUCGCACUCUUCUUGAUCAUCCUCACCGGCAUGUACCAACUGUACUUGGGACACACCGAACACUUCACCUUUGACGAUACGAAAUCCGACGUGACAGAAAUAGCGCUGUCAUUUUACUCGGGUCUUUUUGCUUACAAUGGAUGGAACUACCUGAAUUUCAUCAUCGAGGAGCUGAAGGACCCCGUGCGCAACCUUCCCAGGGCCAUCGCCAUCUCGUGCACGUUGGUCACCUUCGUCUACGUCAUGACCAACGUCGCCUUCUUCACCACCCUCUCACCGGUGGAGAUUCUCGGCUCUGAAGCCGUCGCUGUGACGUUCGCGAACCGACUUUACGGCUACAUGGCCUGGGUCAUUCCCAUGUUCGUCGCCAUGUCCACAUUUGGCGCCGUCAACGGAGUCCUCCUCACUUCAUCUCGCCUCUUUUACGCCGGCGCCUGCGAGGGCCAGAUGCCCGAGAUCCUGACCAUGAUCCAGAUCAAGAGGCUCACCCCUGCACCUGCUGUUCUGACGAUUGCUCUGCUCUCCCUGCUGUAUCUCUGCGUGUCGGACAUCUUUGCUUUGAUCAAUUAUGUUGGCUUCGCCACUUGGUUGAGCAUAGGAGUUGCCGUUCUUUGUCUGCCAGUGCUGCGCUACACUCAGCCAAAUCUGCCGCGGCCUCUCAAAGUGAACCUCUUCUUCCCCAUCUUCUACAUCGUUUGCAGUGUUUUUGUUACUGUCGUGCCCAUGAUUGCUAGUCCCGUAGAAACAGGUUAUGGUCUCUUAAUGAUUCUGACCAGCGUACCUGUGUACUUGGUAUUCAUCGCUUGGAAGAGCAAGCCGAAAUGUGUGAGAUCUCUCACCAAUGGAGCUACCAAGUGGUUACAAAAACUUAUGAUGGUUGUUCGUCCAAAGACAAGCAGCAGCAACUAGGCUGCUUCAGAAGCUGUUAUUUGUGGUGGGUCCGAACAAGGCGGCGCAGGUGUGAGAAGAAGACUCCGAGCUCGCGACAAAACCAACCCACCACGACGCAUCAAAACUGCCAUUUAUCACCAUAUUCACAUUCCCCCCACGAGUAUCGAAAAUUAGAUUUUGGCUUGCGUUUUUCUCCCGGCAGUUGAAUAGCAAUUUACUCUCAAUUGUUAUUUUAGCUGGACUAAAAAUUGUUUCUCUCCGACAUUCCACACACAAACACACACACAAAUUGGCAUUUAUUCAUACACACAUAUAUUUUUGAAUAUACUCUGCAACAAAGUUUGAUGCUCACUACGCCUAUUAUUAGGAUUAUUAGUAAAUGCAUCAAAAGACAAUAUAAUCGUUGUUGAAGCACUCGAGAUGAGAAAGGGUUUGAAAUGUAACUGUUAGGAAUUAGUUUAAUUCAUUCCUCUCACACGGGGACCACCGAAUAUAUACAAAACCAUCCAUCAGAUUGCAUUUCCCGGCAUAUUGAUUCACUGGAAACAAAAAUGUUGGUGUUUUUUGAGGCUAAACUUUAUCCAAACCUCAAUAUUAGUUGGUAUAAUAAAAAGUCACGGUUGCUAAUAAUGACACGCCAAACGGUUUGCGACAAUAAAAGCAAUGUUAGCUUGUAAAAAUAUUUGGAUAAAGCCUCCUCAAGAAAUUCUCAAGGGCAAAAUGUAUUGUUUAAUUCGACCACAUUUAACUAUAAAUAAAGCUUUGGCUGUAUUUUUGCGAAAUUGUUUCUAUGUGACAUUGCAUGACGAUUGAAUUACAAAAAUGCAAUACUCAUACGCAGUGCAAGGAUAUUUUUACAAGAAAAAAAAGAGUCUUCCUAGUUAGAUAUCUAAAUUACUCCCCAUUGCACAUUAUUUUAUUUUGCCGCACGCGUUUAUUGUCUUUUUAUCAAUUGUCCGCACUGCUUUUCGCGAUUGUUUUCGAGCCCCGGUGGCCAGAAGUAUUAAUUCGGCACUGACCUGUGCGAACGAUGUACUCAUUCCAUAUCACACGUGUAUAUUGUUGUUGUUGUUGAAUCACGCGCGUCUAUGAAAUAACAGAUUUGCUGCGCGCUGGCUAUACGCACUUAUCGAAAGGAAAAUAAAAGAAAUAAAUAAAACUACUCGUCGUAAGUGGCCUAAUGAAUAGGAAAAUAUCAGAAAGUCGGUUGGGAGCCGUGAAACACACACUGCGCAUUUUAUUUGCGAAAUUAAUUGCUUCGCAAAUAUGGUUGUUGACAAUAAAUUAACAAAUAUUGGUGUUUUGUUGGAAAAUUAAGUGUAAAAAUUAAAGCCUGCUGCUUCAAAAUCUGUGAAAAUAAAAAAAUAAAUAAAAGAUCGUGCAGAAUA